AUGUUUUAUUGCUUGGAAUAUAGCAAGAUAUAUGUCCAUGCGUGUUCAUGCAUGUGCAUGCAUGUACCUAUGUGUGCACACACGUACACCUGCACCUAUGUCUGUGUGCACACAUGUACACACACAUACCCACAUGCACGCACUUGUGAGGACCUGUGGGCCCUCGCAUGUGCAUGUGCACACAUGCAUUUGUGUGCCUGCCCAAGUGUGGCUGCAUAUAAGUGUGGUAUGUGUGCAAAUAACACACCCAUGUACACACACGUGCACAUGUGUGUCUGCACCUGCGUGUGCACACAUGUCCACACAUACCCACAUGUGAGCAUCUGUGGACUCACGUGUGUGCAUGUGCAGCUUGUGUUUUUCUGCCCGUGUGUGGCUGUGUACGUGUGUGAUGUGUGUGCAUGCACGGCUGUGUAUAUGCCCCUGUGGGGCUGUGCCCAGGUGCACACACACGCAUGCACAUGUGUGGGGAAUGUGCUGUGGUUUCCGGCUGGGCAAAGGCUGCCCAGACGAGGCGUCCAGGAGGGGACUAAGGCCUCGUUCUCCAGUUUCGUCCACCUGCUCCUGGGUCUCUGGCCGAGGUCCGGGCACUGGAGCUGGGCUCCCCAGGUGCUCACGACGACACCCCCGAUCUUGUGCCCCUUGGUGGGUCUAGGUGGCCAGGACUGCUUGUUAACAAGCCACAAAGACACCUUGAAGCCCCACUGCUGGGUGGCCUGGGAGAGGCUUGUGCGGGACCCCGGUGCUGGCGCAGAGGGUGGCCCUCAUCCUGGUCCAGGCCUGGGUGUGUGCCGGGUCGUCCCCUCAACCCUGAAACAGGGAGCGGAGCUCGGAGUGGACCCAGGCAGUUCAGACAGAGCAAGUCCAGUUUUACUCCUAGUCUGCUAA